AUGCCGGUCGUGCUCGACUCGAAGAACUUUGAGAAUGAAGUCUUCAACUCCGGCAAGGGCUCCUUCAUCAAGUUCUACGCGCCAUGGUGCGGCCACUGCAAGGCCAUGAAGCCUGCCUGGGAUGACUUGGGCAAGCACUACCUCGCCUCCUCCUCCGUCCUUAUCGGCGAUGUCGACUGUACCCAGGAAAACGAGCUCUGCUCCAAGUACGGUGUCAGCGGCUACCCCACCAUCAAGUACUUUCCUGCUGGAGACAAGGAGGGCAAGCCCUACAAUGGCGGACGAUCCCUUGACGACCUCAAGAAAUUCACUGAGGACAACCUGGAGGUGAAGUGCGACGUGAAGGAUCCCAAGGGAUGCACCGACAAGGAGAAGAAGUUCAUCGAGACCAUGCAGGCCAAGUCCGCUGAGGAUCGCAGCAAGGAGCUCACCCGCCUCAAUGGCAUGGCGGCUGGGUCGAUGAAGCCGGAGCUCAAGCAGUGGCUGUUCCAGCGCAUCAACAUCCUCAAGCAGCUCGCGUGA